UCAUUUUGUGUAUACAUUUUGGAUUAAGUAUUAUAAUUCUCAAUCAUAUAAUGGCAUAAAAGUUACUGAGCGAAUGAGACAACGAUCGAGCUGCAAACAACUCUAGAUUAGUUGUGCGAUUAUGUAGUAUACACGGCAAAGAGGUUGAACUGCAUGUUGCCGAUUCACCACAAUGAAAUUGCAUGGAAAGAAAGGUACAAAGCAAGAUUGGUCGCAAAAGGAUUCAGGGGCGGGUGGAAAGAACCAAUUUUUAUGCGACCUUUACCCGGUAGAGGUGCUUUCUUGCGACAAUGGCGGUCAAGGGUUGGCACUUGCACCAAAUGGAUGCUCAUAAUGCUUUUCUUGGAAGUGGAAGUUUAUAUGAAAUUUCCACCCAAUUUUAGGUCGUCAACCACAAGAAAAGCAUGCAGACUGCGUAUAUCUCUUUAUGGAAGAAAAAAAGGCAGGGAUCGCAGUCCUCUACUGAAGUUGAAUAUGGGUCUAUGGCCUUCACGACCAAUGAAUUCACAUGAUUCUAGUCUUUUCUUGCAACAAUCAGAGUCACCUAUGCUGAACCAACCAUAUUGUAUUGUCACAACCAAGCGGCCUUGCACAUUGUUGCAAAUCCCAUGUUUCAGAAGCGAACAAAAUACAUUGAGAUUUACUGCCACUUUGCCGAUAACACAUUACAAGAAGGUAAAAUCACCAUGCGCCAUGUGCCAUCCAAGUUGCAGUUGGUGGACAUCGUCACAGAGGCAAUUGGACGGCCUCAAUUCCAUUUUCUUCUGGACAAGUUGCGCAUUUGGGAUCUUCAAGCCCCAAGAUUUGCAUAGGUUUGGUCAUGACUCGAUUGUUCAGACAUGGAGCUUCAGUAGGGAGAUCAACGAAGCAGCAAACCUUUUUUGGCUCGAACAGCAUCCUCUCUGCAUAUCAAUUCAAAGUCUGUCGACCGCACACAAAUUUUGCUAGAUAUUGUAACUAAUUGCUUGAUACUCCCUUAGACGUCAUGUCCCUGCAAUUUCUUUCGUAUCAUUGCUUUAAGUCUUUACAAUGAGGUGACACUUACUUAAACAGGAUUUCACAUCAAACAACGAGAAUCAUGCGUUGUCUAUACAAGAUGGAUGCCAGUACUAAUGAAACAUGAUUCUCACUGUCGAUGUGAAACGAUCAUUUAGGUAAGACUUUUCCGUGUAACAAAAAUUCUCAUUUCAGUGAAUAUGAUGCUGCUUUAACAUACUUUCUCCUGUGAAUGCCUAUUAGUAUGAUACCGUAUACUGGUCUUUAGCAUGCCUCUA